GUAGCGAGGCACUUCGUCACCUUGAACAUGUUAAAAUUGGCCCGACAUUGGCAACUUUAGUUCACUCUUGUCGCCAUUCUGACAAGACUCAUAGGUGCCGAUGUUUCAACUGCGAACAGGCUCCCCUACUCGUGGACCUGCCCGACGAUGAGCCAUGGCCACUAGUUCCACCAGACGUCGAUAUUGCGGCCUCUCAAAAUCGAAGGGCAGCCCUCCGAAAUCUAGAAAACAGCUGGAGACUGCGCAAUUCCGGUCUGUAGGAAAGUGUUGGUCUUGUUCCAACGACCUGCCGCCAUCGCAUCGCCGCGGCAUUAUGCACCAGAUGAUCCACAUCGUUCAACAAUUGCAUGACAAACGCAUCAUCCAUGGAGAUAUCAAGCUGGAGAAAAAGUUUCUCGACAACCAGGGCAAACUUUGGCUUUGUGAUCUUGCUGAGGGUCGGUACCUGGACGAGGACGAGCAUGUCCAGGACGGGAAACAACAUUGCACAAACAGGCUUCUGAGGUCGCAGCGUUCUGGACGAGACCCUCCGCCGGCGAUCAUCGACAAUGACUUGUAUGGCCUCGACCUGAGCAUCUGGCAGUUGUACACCGGUAGGAUUCUUCAUGGGGAUUUGGGUGGCGAUGACGUGGACGUCUGGGCGAGACAACUGAAUGGAGAAACAGUCAGCGUGACCGAGGUACAAGAUUGGGAGGUCCGCAGUAUCAUCACAAACCUCCUUCGCCAAGGGGGAGCACGUAUCUAG